AUUUAAUGGUAUCGUGUGCUUAAUAUUGCAUGUUUAUUUCAGCUCCAGGAUGCAUUGUGAUGACUUAUUUAGGCUUAAUGAUAGCAAUUGGAUCUGAAACCGUUUAUGUGGUACCUCAUAGUAGAGUUGAAGGUGCCUUUGCAUUAUUUAUUACAGCUGUGGUAUAUAGUUUAAUGAUUAAAGCUUUAUGCUAUCUUUUUUGCAAUUAGCUACAAUAGUGAAUAUUCUCAAAUCUAAAGACAGCAGAAUGUUGAUGAAUGGAUUAAUUCACAAUAAAUUAGAGAAGCUGAAUUAGAAAUGUAAGAUAUUCAAAAGUAACCAAAAUCACAUCUGUCAGAAUCGGGAGAAUAACCAUAAUGAUAUUAAUUACCAAUAUCCUCAUAGAUAAGCA